AACAGCGCCAACGGUAAUUAUUCCCUUUGUUGCAAUGCUCUUUUGUAUACCCGCCAAUUAUGUUUGCUGCAAAUUUUGUUGCGGAUAUGGUCCUUUUCCGGAUAAGGCCACCUUACCUUUACUCUCGUGGAAAUAUGUUGAAUCAAAUUUUCCUUGGUACACAAUUCUUGUACUUGGUGGCGGCUAUGCGUUGGCAAAGGCUUUCUUAGAGACUGGUUUAGCGCCGUGGCUUGGGAACAAAAUGACAUUUUUUGAGUCCUUGCCAGUGCCACUCUUACAAUUUCUUGCUAUAAUUUUUGGUGUGCUUAUCUCAACGCUGCGUACAAAUGUGGCAGCUUGUAAUGUUGUCAUACCACUGUUGAGCGAAGUGUCACGUGGCGCCAAAACGCAUCCGUUAAAUUUGAUUCUCCCCGGAACUAUGGGAUGUAGUGUUGCAUUGCUUUUGCCCUUUAGUACGCCGCCAAAUGCUUUCAUAGCGGCGAAUGCGAAGAUCGGCACUAAGAAAAUGGCUAUUGCCGGUAUAAUACCUACAAUUACAGCAAUAUUACUUAUCUACAUAACUGCUCUAACUUGGCACUUCGUUCUGUAUCCAGACACCAAACAAUAUCCUGAUUGGGCCAAGCUGUAAACUACUAUAAAAAAGUAACAAGCUUUGCGGCAACUGAAUUCCGAAUGUAGAGGUAAUAGUCGGCAUUCGUAAUUUUGUGGAAGUUUUAAUUGUUCUUCGUUCAUUUGUGUUAAUAAAAUAUGUUUAUUUAUAUUUUUAUUCUACCUUUAAUAAAAA